GAAUGUAGGGAAAUAAUCUAACCAGCCGCCGCAGGCUCCCUGUUACACUAACGAACUGAUUCCAACUAGCCGGUAACCACUUAGUGACGUCAGACUGGACGGAAUCGGUUGUAGGUCGUGAAGACAGAACGGGCGCACGCGCGGCGCGUGGUUGUAGGACGACAUUUAAGGGCGCGUGGCAGUGCGCAGCCGCUCCGAGGGCGUCUGCUUGUUUUUUUUGUUUGCUUGCUUGGUUCCGUUCGGCUCAGCCCCGCUCAGCUCGGUUCUGUGUGACUGACAGCUCGCACGUGAACCAGCCGGCGGACCACAGACCCAACAGGCCGGCGCGAGCCACCGAGACGAGCAGCCCGCGAGCGCACAGCUAGCCGCUCCAGCGUCAUACUCAGAGAUGGUCACGUCCGCAGCGGGGGUCCUGCUGCUGCCGGUGCUCCUGAUCCUGCUGUGCCUCCACCACCGCGGUCACGUUCACGCUACAAAGACGGAGUGUGAAACCAAUCAGUUUCAGUGUGGAAACGGCCGCUGCAUCCCGUCUAUAUGGCAGUGUGAUGGAGAGGACGACUGCACCGAUGGCAGCGACGAAAAAUCAUGCGUUCAGAAGACCUGCGCCGAGGUGGACUUUGUUUGUCGGAAUGGUCAGUGUGUCCCGAAGCGGUGGCAUUGUGACGGCGAGCCAGACUGUGAGGACGGAUCUGACGAGAGCUUGGAAAUCUGUCACAUGAGGACAUGCCGUGUGAAUGAGUUUAGCUGUGGAGCCGGCACCACUCAGUGCAUUCCCGUCUCCUGGAAAUGCGAUGGAGAGAAGGACUGCGACAACGGAGACGACGAGGUCAACUGUGGUAACAUCACCUGUUCCCCCAGUGAGUUCACCUGCACCAGUGGCCGCUGCAUUUCCCAGAACUUUGUGUGCAACAGUGAAGAUGACUGUGGCGACGGCUCGGAUGAGGUGGACUGUGCGCCGUCCUCGUGUGGACCCAGCGAGUUCCAGUGUGGAAACUCCUCCUGCAUCCCUGCCAGCUGGGUGUGUGACGACGAUGUGGACUGUCAGGAUCAGUCGGAUGAGUCUCUGUCUCGGUGCGGCCGUCACCCAACACCUCCAGCCAAAUGCUCCUCAAGUGAAAUGCAGUGCCUCUCUGGAGAAUGCAUCCACAAAAAGUGGCGGUGUGACGGAGAUCCUGACUGCAAGGACGGCAGCGACGAAGCCAACUGUCCAGCUGUUCGCACCUGUGGGCCGGACCAGUUCAAAUGUGAAGAUGGAAGCUGCAUCCCGGGCAGCAGGCAGUGCAACGGCAUAAGAGACUGCACCGACGGUUCCGAUGAAGUCGACUGCAAGAACCUGUCUCAGUGCAGCGGUCCAGAGAAAUUCAAGUGCCGCAGUGGGGAAUGCAUUGAUAUGAGCAAAGUGUGCAACAAAGUCCGGGACUGUCCUGACUGGAGCGACGAACCCAUCAAGGAAUGCAAUGUGAAUGAGUGUCUGCUGAACAACGGCGGCUGCUCUCACAUCUGCAAAGACAUGGUGAUCGGCUUCGAGUGUGACUGCACACCUGGACUCCAGCUCAUCGACCACAAGACCUGCGGAGACAUCAAUGAGUGCAUGAAUCCUGGCAUUUGCAGUCAGAUCUGCAUCAACCUGAAGGGGGGGUACAAGUGUGAGUGCCACAACGGCUACCAGAUGGAUCCAACCACCGGCGUCUGCAAGGCUGUGGGUAAAGAGCCCUGUCUGAUCUUCACCAACCGCCGUGAUGUCCGUCGUCUGGGCCUGGAGCGGAAAGAGUACACUCAGAUAGUGAAGCAGCAGAGGAACGCUGUGGCUUUAGACGCAGACUUUAACCAGCAGACCAUCUUCUGGGCUGAUCUUGGUCAAAAGGCCAUAUUCAGCACCGUCCUGGAUAAACGCGGAGACGUCGGGACGCACAAGACGGUGAUCGAAAACGUCCAAACUCCCGUGGGAAUCGCAGUGGACUGGAUUUAUAGGAAUUUUUACUGGACCGACCUGGGAACCAAAACCAUUUCUGUGAGCAAUUUUAACGGAACCAUACAGAAAGUUCUGUUCAACCAAGGCCUGAAAGAACCCGCCUCCAUUGCUGUGGAUCCAUUGUCCGGGUUUCUGUACUGGUCCGACUGGGGGGAGCCGGCCAAGAUUGAGAAGUCCGGCAUGAACGGAGUCGACAGACAAGUUCUGGUGGAGACGGAUAUCCAGUGGCCCAAUGGAAUCACUCUGGAUCUGAUCAAAGGCAGACUGUACUGGGUGGACUCAAAGCUGCACAUGCUCUGCAGUGUCGACCUGAAUGGAGACAACAGGAAGAAGGUGCUCCAGUCUCCAGAGUACCUGGCUCAUCCCUUUGCUCUCACAGUUUUUGAGGACCGGGUUUUCUGGACAGAUGGAGAAAACCAGGCGAUCUACGGUGCAAACAAGUUCUCGGGGUCUGAUGUGGUGACGUUGGCCAGCAAUCUGAACGACCCUCAGGACAUCAUCGUGUACCACGAGCUGAUUCAGUUAUCGGGUACCAACUGGUGCACAGAGAGGGGGGUAAAUGGAGGCUGCAGCUUCAUGUGUCUGCCUGCACCACAAGUCAACAAACACUCCCCCAAAUACACCUGUGUGUGUCCGGAGGGACAGGAGCUGGCAGCUGACGGCUUCCGCUGCAGACCAGAGGCUAAUGGGAGCACGUCCAUCCAGGUGGACUCCACCGCCAGAGGGUCUGCUGGCGCCUGGGCCAUCCUGCCCGUCUUGCUCCUGGCCGUGGCUGGAGCUGCAGGUUACCUGACGUGGAGAAACUGGCAGCUCAGGAACCAGAAGAGCAUGAACUUCGACAACCCGGUCUACCUGAAGACCACAGAGGAAGACCUGAACAUUGACAUAACGCGGCACGGUGCCAACGUGGGACACACUUACCCUGCGAUUUCCAUCGUCAGCACAGAAGACGACUCGUCCUGAUCCCCGUCCCUCCUACACCUCCUUGUUACCGUGCCAACAGCUGUCCGUAGCAGCAACAGCCCUUACAGUACGACCACAUGCCUUCUGAAGUGCAGCGGAGAGGAAGUGAUGCCAGCGUUUGUUUUCCAGAGAGUCGGGGUUGGGUUUUCCUCAGACGGGCUCUGCACUGACAGCUGCAGGACGGCGUCCCCACGCCGUCUGCUGGGCAGGGAUCAGAGUUCUCAGGACCGUCUGCAUGUGGGGCAGUGCAGAGGCCUAAAGCUUCGCUCUGUCUUCCAUAACAGAUGGGAAUGCUCAUGCUUGAAUUUCUGUUUCUUUUUUUAUAUUUUCCUCUGCAGCACCACCUCCUGGUGUGCAGAUCAUCAUCACUCCUCUGCAGCGUUUGUAAGAAGUGUAAAUAUUUGUCCUCCAGAGACAGGACUGUCCAUCAGGGCUCCUCGAUGCACUUUGAUCAGUGUUCCUUGUGUCAAUGAGAUUGUAUACAUUGACUUGAAAUCUGUUUUUUUUGCUAUGGCUGGGUACCUCAGAUCAGAUGUAUUUAAGAAGGAUGAAAUGGAUUUGCUAAAACUAUUUUGUAUGUUUGUGUGCUGUUGCUGUGAACUUUUUAUAGCCUUGUACAGUGAAGGAUCACUGAGGAUGUGAUGCUCUGUAUCUGUGAAGACUGAUCCACAAAUCACUUUGGAAUUAAAACAUUCAGUAAUGUUCAGAGUAA